AUGGCGGCGCUGGUGAAGCGCGUGGGUUGGGCAACGCGACCGUUGCUGCCGGUGGUGCAGGCUUGGGACCUCGACGCCCGGCGCUGGGUCCGGGCGCUGCGGCGGAGCCCCGUGAAAGUGGUGUUUCCAUCUGGUCAGGUCUUGGAACGGAAGCCCGGUCCCGGGAAGCAGCCUCGGAAGGUGGCGGCAGAGGCCAGUCCCCGCGAGCAGCGACUGAGGCAGUCGCUUCAGGUGUCCCCGUCUCAGACGCCCAGCACCUGGGAAGAGUCGGGGAUGCGCUAUGAUAAGGCUUUCCCUGGAGACAAAAGGCUGAGCAGUGUGAUGACAAUAGUUAAGUCCAGGCCAUUUCGGGAAAAGCAAGGGAAGAUCCUGCUGGAAGGUCGUAGGCUGAUUGCCGACGCUCUCAAGGCUGGUGCUGUACCGAAAGUUUUCUUCUUCAGCCGUCUGGAAUACAUAAAGGAGCUGCCCAUUGAGAAGCUGAAAGGUGUUAGCCUCAUUAAGGUGAAAUUUGAGGAUAUCAAGGAUUGGUCCGACCUAGUAACACCACAAGGAAUAAUGGGGAUUUUUGCCAAACCUGACCACGUUAAGAUGACGUACCCAGAGACUCAGCUUCGCCACACACUGCCCAUAUUGUUGAUUUGUGACAAUCUCCGUGACCCUGGGAACCUGGGGACAAUUCUGCGAUCUGCUGCUGGAGCAGGCUGCAGCAAAGUGUUACUCACCAAAGGCUGUGUGGAUGCCUGGGAACCCAAAGUGCUGCGGGCAGGUAUGGGCGCACAUUUCCAGGUCCCUGUCAUCAACAACCUGGACUGGGAGGCAGUGCCCAACUACCUGCCCACCGACACCCGCGUCUAUGUGGCUGACAACUGUGGCCUUUAUGCUCAGGCCCAGGCGUCUAACAAGGCCAGUGACUACGGCUGGGUAUGUGACCGACGACCCCUGAAGUUUCACAAGUAUGAGGUGGAGGAAGAGAAUCUAGAAAGUGGAGCCAGUAAAGGCUGGCUCCCUGAACUUGAGGUCCAGAGUUAUGACUCGGACUGGACAGAGGCACCCGCGGCUGUGGUGAUAGGUGGUGAGACCCACGGCGUGAGCCUGGAGUCCCUGCAGUUGGCCGAGAGCACAGGGGGUGGGAGGCUGCUGAUCCCCAUUGUGCCCGGCGUGGACAGCCUGAACUCGGCCAUGGCUGCCAGCAUCCUCCUCUUUGAAGGGAAAAGGCAGCUGCGGAUGAGGGUGGAACAGUUGAGCAGGGACAGGAGUUAGCACUGAGAGGGGACAUGGAAGCCAGUCCUCAGUUUGAGGUUGUCUCUGUGGUUAUUGGAAAAGUAAGAACUUCCGUGACUUUCUGCUUAGCCUCCAAAAUAACAAAGGUCAGAACUCCUCCUGACACCUCCCAUCUUCCCCCCGACUCUUGUGUGUGUGUGUGUGUGUGUGUGUGUGUGUGUGUGUGUGUGUGUGUGUGUGUGUGU